AUGGCAAACUUUACUCUCUUCGCGGAUGGUACGACGGUCUCUCACACCGCUAACAGUUUUGAGCGCUCAAUGGCACAGUCUCUGGCUGCGCAGGAUGAGGCUGAGCUGUGGUUUUGCUCCAAUAAGCUGUUGCUAAAUAAAGAUAAGACAAAGAUAAUGGUAUUCUCCAUGCGAGGCCUGCCUGGAGACAGUGAUUUGGUUGGUGAAGCCAAGUUUCUGGGGGUUACUUUGGAUCGAAGAUUGCAAUGGGUCCUUCACAUUGACAGUGUUGCUGGAAAGGCCACCAAAGAUUUAAAUAUUGGUGUCACUAUGCUUUCUUUAAAUUGGCGAGGAAUUACUGAGGAUUUGAAACAGAAGUUGAUAAUGUGUUUCAACUGUCAAGCUUUAGGUCACACAGCUGGAAACUGUCAGAAGGAAAAAAUAUGUCCAUGUGGUAAUCCUCCACAUGAAGGUCCUUGCCCGGAGCCCAAAAAAUGCGUAAAUUGCGAAGGUCCACAUUCAGCAGCUUAUAUGAAUUGCCCAAAACUAAAAGCUGAAGCAGCAAUACAGAAAGUAAAGGUAACGGAAAACAUAACAUAUGCAGAAGCAAAAAGAAAAGUAAAUAUAACCACUCCAAAACCUACUACGUCCUAUUCUGCUGCCGUCCAAAAGUCAUCAGAAAUGAACAUUCAGCAGAUCAUAUCGAGAAUAAUUCCUCAUAUCGAAACUGCAGUUAGAAACGCAAUCUCAUGUUCUACAUCUAAGUGCGACCAUUUUAAAGCCCCAUCAUCAGGGCUAAUCUUCCGUAGAGAUAGAUCUGAUUCUGUCUCUACAAAUUUAUCGGCAGCGUCCGAAAAAAGAAAAAAACCAGGGGACUCCACUACAGAUGAUGAUUCAUCUGCUAUGGACCCCAACUCAAAUCCAACAAAAAAACGGGGCAGGCCUAAAAGGACUGCCCCUCCACUCUACAAAUUGCAACAACCUUUCUACAAGACUGGAACGGAUGUGUCCUUGCCGCACAUAACAUGUGGUACAGAGAAAUUAAGUGAACUCAAUUUGCAGCUUCAGAGGAGAGACAAAGAACUAGCAGAAAUGAUUUCUGAUAAAGCGUUUUUCAAAAAGCUUGAGUUUUGGGAGCAAAACUUAAUCGAUGGCGAUACCAGUCAUUUUCCUGUCGUUUGA